AUACUGACUGAGUUAGGGCAUGAUAGGAAUGAAAGAGUGGAGAUGACGGGAAAAGAGUGGAUGGUGUUGUUGCUGGGACUGUGUAGAGAGGCGAAUGAAAGGAUGAUUGAGGCGGUGAAAGAGUUUCUGGAGAGAAUGUGGCGUGCCAGGUGUAUGAACAAUUAGGAUAGAGGAUGCUGUUCGUUUCUCUUUUUUUUUUUUUUUUUCCCUUCUACAGGAGUUGCCGAUCCAAAGGCCUGGCUCAGGAGUGAUCCUGUGCCACCUUUACCAUCAAGAUCAAGAUCAAGAUUCUAGGAAAAUUUUUUUUUUUAUCCUUGGAGCCUUUUUCCGGCAGAGGAAGUUUAGUUUCAUUGUGGCUGCAAUCUUGACCGAAUGGGCUAAGUGUUAAUACUACUGUAACGAACACGUAUACCUACAUAACACGUACACGUACCGUACACAGGAGGGAACCACUCUAGGAAUAUCUUAGAAAAUUGGAAAAUUCUCACUCUAGGAAAAUUCUUGCAAUCGACGAAAUGGGCACAUACAAAUGCAAUCGAACGCCAGGGGAGGGAGGUGAAGAGAAAAGUGCCAGUGUUUGGGAGGAGGAAAACUCACUAUGUGGGUUAUUUAGCUACAGCUAUGUUUAAGAUGUGGCAUGGAGACAUGAAGAAGAGAUUUCACACCUUUAUCAACAAAACUCUACCCACCUCCAUCGAUCUGAGAAUAUCAACACCACACCGGGGUGAAGGUAAUAACCACAAGCUGGUAAAGCUGGUCGUGGAACUGAAGGAUGGAUCAGUCUCUACAGAAAAUUUCAGUCCUCAGGAGGCACGCAGACAGUCUAUACAGAGAUGUAUUCAGUCUUUGGUCCAUGCUUCACAGUGCAAGGAUGCUACCUGCAGGCUUCCAUCUUGCCAGAAGAUGAAGAGAGUGUUGGCACACACAAAAUCAUGUAAAAAGAAGAAUAAUGGUGGCUGUGCAAUUUGUAAACAGCUCAUUGCUCUCUGUUGUUACCAUGCAAGAAAUUGCAAAGAAGAGAGAUGUGUUGUACCAUAUUGCUUUUACAUUAAACAAAAGCUACGUCAGCAAGAAAUGCAGCAGAGAUUCCAACAGCAGCAGUUGAUGAAGAGAAGAAUGCAACCGAUGAAUGCUACCCAUAUGGUUGGUGGGGCAGCUAAUCCCUCAAUGCCUCAGCCAACUGCCCCAGUCCCUCCAUCUGUGCCACCAGCUGGUGCAGAUUCAGGACAAAUGCCAGCAACAGUGCCACAACCAGGCCCUAGUCCAGGAGGUGUUCCUGGCCCAAUAUCAGGUCCAUCUGGUCCCCCAGGUCCCACAGGCCCACUUAGUGUCCAAAGUCAGGUACCAACUGGUCCACCAGGGCAAACUGCAGGGCCAAGGCCAAGAGGGGUUAAGAGAUCGUAUGAAGGUGACAUAUUGCAGUCACCCUUAUCUGUAUCUCCUGGACCAACAGCCUCAAGAGGCUUGAGGCCACAGGUGCCUAGUGGAGGUGUUCCAGGAAUGCCUGCCAAUGCCCAGCCUGGCAUGCCUGGAAGUGUUGCAAAUGCCACCACUGGAGUACCUAGGGCACCAGGAGGCUUACCUGGACAGAUAGUGCAAGCAGGUGGCCUAAGUAAAGGUCCUGACAGAACCAUGAUGGGCCCUACUGUUCCUCAGAAUACCAAUUCUUCUGGCAUGAUGUUAUCUAGAGGACCAAAUGCAGGCUCAUCUCCAGUGAAUACUCUCCAUCCACAAAUUAUUGACAAGCCUCCUAAUGUUCGUAUCAAUCAAAAUAAGCCUGUUUCUCUACCUGAUUCUUGGCUAAAUUUGCCAAAUCAACCUGCACAGUUGCCCGGUGAGAUUGGAGCUGUAACUGCCAGGCAUCCUGGUGGCCCUCAGAAUCCUACCCCUGGAGUUCCUCAAGGAGGAUUCCCCAAUCCUGGUCCUGGCGGAAUAAUAGGGCAACCGCCACCGGGUCAGGUUGGUAGCAUUAGACCAGGAAUGAUGGCACAACCCAACCCGAUCAACCAAAAUGAAGGACCACCUGGCCCAGCAUCAGUUAUGGGGUCCCCAGACCAACUAGGCCAGCCUAGCCAGCACAAAAAAAAGGCCUUGCAGCAGCUCUUACAUACUUUGAAGAAUACCACAGAUCCUCAUCAGCAAUCUAUGGUUUUACAAAUAUUCAAAACUUAUCCUCAGAUUAUGGAAGAUUUUAUCAGAUAUCAAAAAAUUCAGCAACAAAGUCAAGAGCAACAACAGCAGCAACAACAACAGCAACAACAGCAACAGCAGCAACAGAAUUAGCAACAACAUAAGAAAAUAAGGGAACCUGCAAGAAGCCAUCAGGUCUACAUGUGGCAGUUCCUGUAUGAAACAUACCUACAUAUAGAUAGAGUAUUAUUACUAUUAUUAUUUUUCUCUUUUAUAAGCAAUGAAUUUUAUUUUUUAUUAUUAUUACUAUUGCUGUUGCUACCACUAUUACUAUUGCUACUAGUUUUGAUAUUGUUAUAAGUAUAUUAUUACUUUUGCUAUAGUUAUUGUUAUUAUUAUUAUUGCUAUUGCUAGUAUUACUUCUGUUGCUAUUGGAAUUGUUAUUAAAAUUGUUAUUGCUACUAUUAUUGGUCUUACUAUUAAUAUUGCUAUAACUGCUUAUGAUAUUGCUACUUUUAUUGCCAUUGCUAAUUAUCAUUGCUAUUGCUACUAGUAUUGUUAUUGCUAAUACUUUUGCUAUUGUUAUUAUUACAACUAUUGUUUAUUUUCUUACUGUUACUAAUACAAUUUACUAUUACUGUUUCAUUUGAUAAUACAAUCCAUUAUUACUAUUUCUACAAUUAUUCCUAUUGCUAUUAUUAUUGCUGCUAAUUUUUUAUUGCUAAUAUUAUUAUUGUUAUUGCUAUUGUAUCAGCCUCAACAAUUAUUUUUAUUAUAUAUAUGUAUAUUCACCAUUUCAUAUCCAUCACACAUGCGAUGUGUUCAUAUAUUCAUCCCACAUGUGCCCAUGGCCAGCCAGUCUAUUCUAUUUUUAACAUUUCUUCUCUACCUCUCAAGCAAAUUUCACACCUCACUUCCAGUCCUUAGGGAAAACACCUGUGUUCGCUCUGAGUCUUUCCCUUCUUGGUCAUUGACUAAAGGUCAUUGACUAAAAUAACAGGCUCACCCAUUGGCCCUUUCACCUCAUUUCCUGGCAUCUCAUUGGUUAUUUCUCCCAAAAACCUAAAACGUGAUCCACUAUGCUCAGAUAAAUAUAGCCCACAUGAUAGUGAGUCAGUCAGUUUCAGUCAGAGCUCAGUCAGUCUGUCAGUCAGUCCCAGUCAGAGCUCACUCAGUCAGUCUCAGCCCCGGUCAGAGCUCAGUCAGUCAGAGUUCAGAGUCAGUCCCAGUGAGUCAGCAGUCAGCCUUGGUUGCUUGGUCAGUUCCACUCAGUCACAGUUAGUCUUGAGAGACGCUGCUCAGUCAUCAUUUCAUAUCACCUCAGAGAAAGAGAGCAAUCAAUUGUCACAUUAUAAUCUCAUCUCGUAUCAAGUGUGUACAUUCUGCUUACUAUUAAAUCAAGAAGAACUCUCA